CAUCUUUGCAACGAAAAUGAAAUUUUAAACGUUGUUGACAUGUUGUGGUUGUUUUCCUCCUAAAGAGUGUUUGUUGACGUUGUGAUAGAAGUACCGGGGAAUAUUCUAUGAAUUGACAAGAAACAUAUGACAUUGCAUAUACAGGAAGGAGGAGCAAUGACUCAAAGAUAGACCACACCAAGCAGACGCAGUGACAAAAAUGGAAUAAGGAGCCAGUUUACCAACAUUACCACGUUAGCUGGUGACAAUUUCACCUUACUCAUAAGAUAUUUCUGGCAGGCUUUGGUUCUUGUAUUCUUAACUGCUAUACAAAAGCACGAAUGAUUCACACCAGACGGGCUCCAAAUGGAGAGCCAAAAACACAAAGAAAGAAUCUUAGGAAAGCAAGGGUUCAUACAGGGACCUCAGUGCCUAAAGAGCAGAAUAUGAAUCAUAUGGAUGGAAUAAGCUAUUUAAUGAAUGGCACUAAAGUCAAGAUUUCUGUAUCACCAAGGGAGAUGUGGAAGAAGCAUUUGGAAGACAGUUCAGUCACAGAAAAUUUCAUCCCAGAUACAACUAGAGUUGAGGAAACAGCACACUGUUCAGAGAAAUUUCUUGAGAUGUCAAAUUCUGGUCAGUAUCUUUUGGCACAUAUGAGGGAGACUUCAAGAAUUUCCCCUGGAUCAGAUGGUUCAUCCUCUUUAUCAGAUAAUAGUCAUCAGCUCAAAAGCAGUUGUAAGAGAGGUCAACUUUCAAAUUCAAAUAAUGAGGAACAAACAAAUUCAAAGAAUGCAAUUGAUUACAAUGUUGAUACGGACAUACACUUAAGGAAGAAAAAGAAACCACGAACAAGUGGCAGAAAACCACAAAUAUAUGAUGACGCACUUGACAUAAGCGAACACCAUACUCAGACAAGAAGAGAAGGAGAGAUGAGUAAUAGCAUGGAAUCAUCAGAUACUAGUUUUUCCAAAAAUAAAACACCAGAACAUAAACUCAAGAAGAAGAAAUAUGCAGUAAUAAAGCAGGAUUUAUUUGAUAUAACAUCACCUACUGUUUUACAUCAGACGAAGCAACUUAUGAAAGAUACUUGGAAGAAGACUGGUAAUCUUAAUGUAGAUCCAGAAAUCACCAAGAGUUGUGACCAACCAAAAAUAUUUGAAUCAAGAUCAAGUGCAGACUCUAUUUUGAAUGUGAGACCAAAAAAUGCAUUGAGGAAGAGGGUGCCAAGGGCUCAUGGGAAAAAUCCUUAUGAAUCUCUGAUGGGUACCAGCAAUAACGUUGAUCCUAUAGCUGAAUUAGAAAAUAAAACUGGAAAUGUUUCUUCAGGAUCAGCUAGUAGCAUUGCUCCAGUACCUAAAAAUGUCAGAUACAAUUUUAAGCAGAUACAUCUGAAGCGUUGUAUGUUUGAUUCAGUAGUUGAGAAUCCUGUUGCUGAGGAUUCUGUUCGGAACAUGGAGGCGAAUGUAGAUGACCCAUGUACCAGUGAGCAACAGAAUAAAGAUAUUUCUGCUGAAAUGGAUGUUCGAAAAGCUCCUGCAUUUGCCAAAAUUGUUGGCAAAAGAAACAAAAAAUAUUUUCAGCCCAAUUACUCUGAAUCAGUUGUUGGAAAUAAUGAUGGGAGUGCUGAGCAAAAUAUUGAGAAGCAGAACAAUGAUAUUGCCUUGGCUGAGAAUUAUGCUGAAAAUACAUUGGCAGCUAGUAUUUCUGCAGAAAUGGAUGUUCUGAAAGCUCCUGCAUCUGCUAAAAUCAUUGGCAAAAGAAACAAAAAACAUCUUCAGCCUAAUUACUCUGAAUUGGUUGUUGGAAAUAAUGAUGAAAGUGCUGAGCAAAAUAUUGAGAAGCAGGACAGUUACAUUGCCUUGGCUGAGAAUUAUGCAAAAAAUACAUUUGCAGGUAGUAUUUCUGCAGAAAUGGAUGUUAUGAAAGCUCCUGCAUCUGCUAAAAUUGUUGGUAAAAGAAACAAAAAACAUCUUCAGCCCAAUUACUCUGAAUUAGCUGUUGGAAAUAAUGACAAAAGUGCUGAGCCCACUGUUGAGAAACAGCACAGUGAUAUUGCCUUGGAUGAGAACUAUGCCCAAAAUGGAUUGGCAGCUAAUACAAAGGAAAGUGUAGAAGUUUCUGCUACAAAUUUAUUUAUAAUGAAGGUACUUGGAAAGAAAAUUGAUCCAGUGUCACCACACACAUUCGAGCUUUCAGGAAUGCAGGGGGAUUCACAUAAAAAUCAUAACUUAGAAGGUAGUAGACAAACAAAUGAUGGGGACUAUAACCACUCAGUUGAUAUAUUAGUUAAAAGAAAAGCCUUCCAUGGCCUCAAACAUACCUCUGAAUAUGAUUGUCACACGUUACCUGAAUUUGGCAGACCAGUGGAGUCACCUAGUUAUUCUCUUACAAUCUCUAAAUUCAAACCAAAAAUUACAUCUUCUAAGAUCGUUGUGGAUAAAGAUGAGAUUAUAGAACAGUGUCCACCUACUCUGGCUGCACUUCAGCAAGAGGCAACAUCUAACAUGUUAAAAGUAACUCAUAAAGAGAAACAAACGUAUCAGUCAGAUAACCCCAUUGCUCACCAGCCAAGAGUUUCAGAUCAUGAGAGUGAGGAAACUAAGUGUAAGGAAAGAAAGAAAUGUUAUAAUAGUGUUUGUGACAACACUCUGUCAUCAGAUUUAACAUUUGAUCCAGACAAUGUACCACAUUCAACAAUGGUGAAAUCAAGCAGUAAGAAGGAACAUCCACCUUCUGCCAUGUGCAAAAUAGAGACCAAAACGAGAAGGAGCCUGGCAGCUUCAUUUCUGGAGUUAGCACAUGUUUCCACAGAAAGUAGUGAAACAGUUAGGUCAGGGACAGAGAAGGCAGGUAUCAGAAAUAAUAAUUUCACAUUAAAUGGCAGGGAAAGUGGAAAUGAACCAAUUAUUGAAAGUAAAAUAAAUGACAAUGGAAUGAAACACAGUGAAUUAGAAACAAAUGAGCAUCACUCAAAUACUGUAAGAAAAGAUGCCAGUUUUGCUAACAAAAUUCCUGUGCCAGAAAACUUAGAUGCUGUGUCAGACCACAAACCCAUUACAGAAAGCAUUCCCUCAAAUGUUUUGAAUUUCCUAACAUCAAACUACAGGACAUCAGAACAGUCUGCUGGUGAUAAUGAUGUUAGUCAAGUGUUCGGACAUAUGAGAAACAAAACUAAAUACUUGGCAAAAAGUAGAUCCAUAAAUUCUCAAGACGAAUUAAUCAAUGCAGACAGUAAAAAUGAGAAGAAAAAGCAAGGAAACAAUAAAAGUGUUCCUGGUGAACUUGCAAACUCUCCUGAUCAUAUUAUAUACCAAAAAAUAAUUAAGCCUCAAAAUAUGGGGUGUGAUACCAAACAGAGUGUAUCUUUGCCUGGUAUGGGAAGCAUUUCUUCAUACUCUACUAGUAAAGCACAAGAAAAGUGUGACAAUCAUGCUGAAAUUGACCAGAUAUCUCCAUUUAACACAUUUGCUCAGAAAAUUUGUAAUUCAGAAGUUGAAGAGCUUAAUCUGAGAAAGAGUGACAAAGCAAGUUUGAGAGCUGAGAGGAGAAAGUCUUCAAAUUAUUCUUAUGUGGCAGUUUCAUCUAGUAAAUUGAUUGAGACAGAUGUCUCAACUAGCAAAAAAGGCAGUAACGUGAGGAGUAUCACCAAAAUGACAGAUGCUUCCAUAGAAAAUAAAACAGAUUAUGCUGUAGCACCUAAUUUUAGUGAGGAACACUGUACAUCGAAAGGAACACCAGAAUUAAGAAAAUUAUCUUCUCCUUCUCUGUCAGCAUCUCAUAUAAAUAAAACAUCUCACAAGGAAAACUUCUCCUUGAGCAUUAAAAACAGCAGUGAAGUAAGAAAAAAUGUGAACAAAAAUUCAGCAGCUAACAAUGUGUCAAAUGCUAAAAUUGUUAUCUCAGAUUCACCUCGUUUCUCUAAAGCAAAUAAUGGUAAAGGGCAUGAUGAGUACUUGAAAGACAGUUUCCACAGAAACAGACAAACCGAAAAUGAGAAACAAAGUUUUACUGACACCCAACCACAACUGACAGAUGAUGAUGAUGCAAAUGGUGCAGAAGGAGAGACAUCAAUGGUUAUCGGAGGGUUAAGAGAAUUGACUACACCACCUCGCUCAGCAUCUCAGAUAAAUACAUCUCACAAGGAAAACUUCUCGCCGAACACUGAAAACAGCAGUAAAGUGAGAAGUAAGGAAAACAACAAAAAUGCAAUAGUUAGCCCUCUUUCAAAUGCUAAAAUAAUUCACUCAGUUUCAUCUGGUCUGUCUAAUGCAAAUAAUGAUAAAACGCCAAAUGAUGACCACUUCAAAGACAGUAUAAAUAGAAACAGCCAAACGAGAAGUGAGAGACGAAGUUAUGCGGACAACUAUCCACAACCAGUGGUAGAUAAUGAUGCAGAUGGUACAGAGGAGGAGAGACCAGUGAUUAACACAGCGCCUCUGGAGGAAAGUAAAUGUAUUAUUCACCAGAAAAAAUCGGAUCUCAGGCAAACUCAUGGUAAACCAACAGUACAUGCUCGUUUCUUGCUUGACGGUGAACCGUAUCACAAACCUAAACUGGCACGUCCAAAGCCUUGGAUUAAUCAGAGAUUUUAUAAUCAUAUUUUACCAAAAUUUGACGGAAAAUUUGGUCUUAAUAGUAGUGUAAAGUGUGAAGAGUUUGUAAAAGUACUUUGUACCGAAGUUACGGCUUGCAUUCGUAAAAGAAAAAAUUGGGAUGUACAUGUGUACAGUGUACAAAAGUUACUCAGAAAAUACUUAUCAGUAAACACUUAUGCACACUUCCUUAUAUUUGGGGAAAAAUAUUUACCAGAUGAGUUUAUUUUCAAGAAAAAUCCAUGUGCAAUAUUUCAGCUGUUGGCUUGCACUGGAAGCUGCUAAAAAAAUGAUGAAAAAUGACUUUUCACAUGUGGGUUCUGCACCUGAAACUAUCUAAGCAUACAUCCCUGAAAUCCAUGGAACCCACAGAAAGUGGUCUCUGGGAUUUGGAAAGAGGUUAGAUAUGCAUUGUACAUAAUUAAAUUGUGAUACAGUGAAAUGACUUUACUAUUUCAGUGCCAAUUUUAACUAUAAACUUAACAUUAUGAACUAAAACAUUAAAUUUGAGUUUCUCUGCAGGUAUUCUUCAGUGGAGUAGAAAUAGUUGCCUAACAGAAAAUUCUUUCACUCUUCAGCUCCACCAGCUGAUUAGAUGACAUUCAAUGUGCUCUGGUUGUUGAUAGUGUAUGUACCCAAGUACCUGUAAAUUACGUCUGUGAUCUAUGUGUAGUUCUAAAAUGUAACAAUACAUUCUGCUUCUUGGA